GUUCAAAGGGAAGAGGCAAGGACUCCAGGGUCUCACCGCCCUCGCAGCCAAUGAGGAGCCCAGGGGAGGAGCCUGGCCAGCUCUGCCUGGUGAGAGGCUUGCCCCCAGUAGAUGCGGUGGAGUUUGAGCUUUGCUGCAUCCGUCACUGAAGAACAAAAUAAGAGUAGAGGAGACAGGCUGAAGAGCAUGGGAGGCGGUGGGGUUUUCUGAAACGUUUGCUGGGCUUUCCGCGGAGCAUGAGCUUUUAAACCAAAUUCUUUUAAAAGAAACUCAUCCGUGUGGCUGGGAAAAUGAUACAUAUGCUAAAUGCAGCAGCCUACCGGGUGAAAUGGACCAAAUCCGGUGCUGCUAAGAGGGCUGCCUGCCUGGUGGCUGCGGCAUAUGCUCUGAAAACCCUCUAUCCCAUCAUUGGCAAGCGUUUAAAGCAGUCUGGCCACAGGAAGGAAGAAGCAGCCGCUUACCCUCCUACAGAGAACAGAGAAAUACUGCAUUGCACAGAGAUCGGCUGUAAAAAGCCUGCGCCCGGACUGAAUGCAGAAUUUUUCAAACAGCUACUAGAACUUCGGAAAAUCCUCUUUCCAAAACUUGUGACCACUGAAACAGCAUGGCUCUGCCUCCACUCGGUGGCUCUCAUUUCAAGAACAUUUCUUUCUAUCUAUGUGGCUGGUCUGGAUGGAAAAAUCGUGAAAAGCAUCGUGGAAAAGAAGCCUCGGAGUUUCAUCAUCAAAUUAAUCAAGUGGCUUAUGAUUGCCAUCCCUGCCACCUUUGUCAACAGUGCUAUCAGGUACCUGGAGUGCAAACUGGCUCUGGCCUUCAGAACUCGCUUGGUAGACCAUGCCUAUGAAACCUAUUUUGCAAAUCAGACUUACUAUAAGGUGAUAAAUAUGGACGGGAGGCUGGCCAACCCGGACCAGUCCCUUACUGAAGACAUUAUGAUGUUCUCACAAUCUGUGGCUCACUUGUAUUCCAACCUUACCAAACCUAUUUUAGAUGUAAUCCUAACUUCCUAUACUCUCAUCCGGACUGCUACAUCCAGAGGAGCAAGCCCAAUAGGGCCCACCCUGUUAGCAGGACUUGUGGUGUAUGCCACUGCUAAAGUGCUGAAAGCUUGCUCUCCCAAAUUUGGUACACUGGUGGCCGAGGAAGCUCAUAGGAAAGGCUAUCUGCGGUAUGUUCACUCCAGAAUCAUAGCCAAUGUGGAAGAAAUUGCCUUCUACAGAGGACAUAAGGUAGAAAUGAAGCAACUACAGAAAAGUUACAAGGCUUUAGCUUAUCAGAUGAACCUUAUUUUGUCCAAGCGUUUGUGGUACAUCAUGAUAGAACAGUUCCUGAUGAAAUACGUGUGGAGCAGCUGUGGACUAAUUAUGGUGGCAAUACCUAUUAUCACGGCAACAGGCUUUGCAGAUGGUGAUCUGGAGAAUGGUCCAAAGCAGGCUAUGGUUAGUGAUCGGACAGAAGCCUUUACCACUGCCCGGAAUUUAUUGGCCUCUGGAGCUGAUGCUAUUGAAAGAAUUAUGUCUUCAUACAAAGAGAUCACUGAACUAGCAGGCUAUACUGCUAGAGUAUACAAUAUGUUCUGGGUCUUUGAUGAAGUGAAAAGGGGCAUUUAUAAGAGAAACGUCACUCAGGAGCCUGAAAAGCAUGGCAAGAGUGGAGAUGACACCCUCAGCGACACCCUGGCAAUUAAAGGAACAGUUAUUGAUGUGGAUCAUGGAAUCAUAUGUGAAAAUGUGCCCAUAGUUACACCAGCAGGAGAAGUGGUGGCUUCCAGGCUGAACUUCAAAGUAGAAGAAGGGAUGCAUCUUUUGAUUACGGGUCCCAAUGGCUGUGGGAAAAGCUCUCUCUUCAGAAUCUUAAGUGGGCUAUGGCCUGUGUAUGAAGGCAUCCUCUAUAAACCACCUCCACAACACAUGUUUUAUAUUCCACAGAGGCCAUACAUGUCUCUUGGAAGUCUACGUGAUCAAGUCAUCUAUCCCGAUUCAGUGGAUGACAUGCAUGAAAAAGGGUAUACUGACCAAGACCUAGAAGGCAUUCUGCACAGUGUCCACCUCUACCACAUAGUGCAAAGAGAAGGAGGAUGGGAUGCUGUUAUGGACUGGAAAGAUGUCCUAUCAGGAGGAGAAAAGCAGAGAAUGGGUAUGGCACGGAUGUUUUAUCAUAAACCCAAGUAUGCGUUGCUGGAUGAAUGUACCAGUGCUGUGAGCAUUGAUGUUGAAGGAAAAAUAUUUCAGGCUGCUCUAGGGGCUGGGAUUUCCUUGCUGUCCAUAACACACAGACCUUCUCUGUGGAAAUACCACACUCAUUUAUUACAAUUUGAUGGCGAAGGAGGUUGGCGCUUUGAACAGUUGGACACUGCCAUCCGCUUAACAUUAAGUGAAGAAAAACAAAAGCUAGAGUCUCAACUAGCUGGAAUUCCCAAAAUGCAGCAGAGACUCAAUGAACUAUGUCAAAUUUUGGGAGAAGAUUCGGUGUUGAAAACAAACCAAAAUGAAGAGGAUACACUCUGAUUUAUCUUGCCAUGCUUUAAGCUAACUUUAAGGUAAAGCCCUGGAGACUCUCUUUACUGCAUGCAGUAUGUUAAGUGCAAAGAAAGCAAGCCAGCAAAAAGUGUUUCGUAUGAUUUCAGUGUCAAGGAAGUAUACAGUAACUUUUCAAAAGAAAAAAAAAAAAAGGUGAAUGCAUUAAUCGAGAUUAGUCUUGACUUCUACUAAUGCCUAAAUGAAAGGCAAACUCACCUAUAAAACAGGACCUUCUACGUCAAUGCGUGUGGUCUGAUGUUCUUCAUAUUCGAGAAAGCCCCAAAAUAAAACAAUAAGGGAAGCACCUGAAUUGACAUCAGGUGUGCAGAAUUAGAACACUGGGUGCUGUUUCAGCUCACUCACCACCGAUGGGAAGUGCAACACCUGAAAUCCAUAAUCCCUAUAGCUGGUGGUCAGCUAAACUGUGUACAAAAUGACAAAACUGUGUACAAUAUGAGAAACAAAUGUAUUUUAAUGACAGUGGUUUAAAACAGGCAUGGCUAGACAAGUACAAAGUACUGUAUAUAAAAUUUUCAGACGUUGUGCAGCUUAAUACACAAACAAUUAACUUUAAUGAGUGUUGUACAUAUUUAUUUAAAAACCCUUUUAUUUUUAAAAAGAGGAUUGAUUGUUCACACAGAAGAGGAGGAUCCCAGCAAUGCUCAUCCGGGCUGUGCUUGUCUCUGCAGUGGCAUCUACUUCAAUUCUUAUGCAGAAAUACUGCUUGUUUGAUGGCCAGAGAAGCAUUUUAAAAACUUGAUUACCAUCCUAAAUAUGGAUCCUGGAGUUCAUAGUUAUUUCCACAUUCAUCUCACUUUACUCUGCCUUUGAGGCAGUCUUUUGAGGCAUCUAAUUUUUGCUCAUUUGUUUCUGAGAAAACAGACACUCACGAUUAUUUUAAUCAUGUGACUUGGAAGACAUGUAGAGAUCAGAUGAAGUUCAUGACUCUCUGAUUCAGUGCUGUUACCACUAUUGUCCCCUCAAUUUAACUGGGCUAUAAUAUCAACAAAAAAAAUGAGAUGAGCCAGGUAGGUGGCCAGAAGUGGAAUUGUAGGCAGAACAGGGAUAAAGGAAAAGUUAAAGUAGAUAAAUAAAUACAAUUGAGGGUAUGGAGAAAUGACACUUGCUUCUCUAACAGGGGACCUGAAUUUUGUUGCCAGCACCCACAUGGUGGCUCCUAAACUAUGUCUAAUUCCAUUUCCAGGGGGUCUGAUGCCCUCUUCUGGCCUCCAAGGGCCCUGCAUGCAUGUGGUACUCAUACAGAUAGAUAUUCAGGCAAAAACACUCACAUCCAUAGCAUUAAAAAAUAAAUAAAUUUGAAAGAUAGUAAAGAUAUUGAAAAUUGGCAAUAUUAGUAUUAUUAUUAAGCUAGUGUUUACAAGAAAUGAAAAAUGGGUGGGAAAUGGAAUGAUCAUGGCUGUUUGACUUUAAACGAACUUAGGCAGUCAGCACACUGCAGCUAUAUAUGUCUCCUCGAUGUGGGGGUAUCUGCAGCAUCAGCAAUCAGAAGGGCAGUACAUCAUACUCCCGAUAAGUUUCAUGUUACUGAAUAUGAUGAGACACAAUCUACAUGAGUAGGUCAUAUGAAAUAGAUCUGAUCUGUUUGUGUGCAUGUGAGUACCCAGCAUAACUGAUACUUUAAUUUCAUCCUCUCAGGCAUGAUGAUGUACGAAACAUUGAGAGGACUAGUUAUAGUGGCUUAGGAUUUUGUUUGCAUAUUUAGACAUCAUCUUAGCAGAUGCUCAUCUGUCAUGGACUAUUUUGGAGACUGACUACCUGGAAGCCAUCCACAAUGAUUGCUAGAAGAAACUGCAGUGUUUCCAACCAUUCAAAUCCACAGAAUCUGGACAAUUUGAAUUACCAGUAAAUGCAACCACUGUACACGAAGUAAUAGAAUAUGAGGUCAUAAUCAGUAGUUUUUCUUUUGUCUAGUACUACUACUUCUACUAGGAAUAUGAGGCAAAAACUAAAGAUUUUUUUUGGAGAAAGUAUGGGACUAGAAGGUGACACUUGUAUUUUAAAACAAUUCCCUUGUCUUUAAAAGGAACAAGUUAUAGUACUAAAGAGGAAAUGUUUGAAGCAAGUAUCCUACAUUAGCUUUUAAAGGCAUCAGAGGAAAAUUAAAAGUUCACAUUUGAAACUAUAAUUUUCAUAAUUUAAAAUGAAACCAUUUAAGACCUGCUGUGUACAGAUUUUCUGAAUUUCUUUUUCUGAGACCAAAUAUCCUGUCAUGGAGGGGGACUCUGAUGUAAACAACAUUCUUUCCAAAAUAGGAGGGCAGAGCUGAUAUUCCAACAGGCACACUUGUGAAAACAUGGAGACCCCUGAGCCAUCUUCUUCUUUGAACAUAAAAAAGAAUGAAUAUGGAAAAUGAAGUAUAACUUCAACUGUCCAACUUUCUUUCCCUCGGAGAAUGUAUAACUUUAUGGAGCUUGAUUAUUUGGAGGUUAGCUCACAAUCUGCCUUCCAUAUAAAUGUGACAUUCUAUCUCUGCAGCACACUAAUAGCAUGCCAAGAAAGAGUCUGUGUGCACUCUCAUAGGCAGGAUAUUCUAUACAAUGCUCUUGAAUUGCAAGGUGAUGACCUAACUUGAAAUCCAACCCAAAUUAUCCAUGUUUAUCCAGGAAUUGUUUUCCUUUGAUGGUAAUUUAACUGCUGUCCCAACUUUUGGUGUGUCAAAAAAGGCAUAGACAAAUGUGUUGGGUUUUAUUUGAGUCAUUACUUCCAAGGAAAAGUGUGUAUUUGUGAAAGGCAUAGCUUAUCUUGAUGUUCAGAAUAGUUUUUGCCUGUGUAUCCCCAAAAGCUUGUUGUGUGGUAGAACCGAAACCCAGAGGAAGUUACAUGCUUAGAGAUGUGAUAAACGUGGUAAAAGUUAUUAAACUAUUUAUUUAAAGAGA